AUGGCGGAACGCAUAAGGAACUCUGAUUGGGAAAAUGAUGAAGAGAUGAGACAUGAUCUUGAAAAAUAUGUACAGCGAAAUUUAAAACGAAAAGAGAUUCUAGACUUUAUGUCUGCAGAUUAUCCCAUGUAUGCAUGGAGCAUUCGCACUUUAAGUCGCAGGCUUCAACAUUUUAAUAUUAAAUACACAAACUACGACAUUGCAUUGGAAGACGUUAAAACAGCUGUCAAAAAGGAGUUGAACGGUCCUGGCGUUCUUCUAGGUUAUCGGGCAAUUCAGCAAAGUGAGAAUACAAUCAAAAUUUUAAAGUCUGUAUUAUCUUUUUGUCCAGUUUUGCCACAAACAUUAAGGUUAGACAGAGGGACAGAAACUGAUGUCAUGGCAACAAUUCAUUGCUUCCUACGAGGUGAUUUGCAUAACGCUUUAGAUGCUAUAAUUUAUGGACCUUCCACUCAAAACAAGAUUGAAAGGUGGUGGAGGGAUCUUCUUGAGAGAAUGGAAAGGUUUUUUAAGGAACAACUUAAAUGCUUGGUUGAAAGUGGAGAUUAUGAUUCCAGUGAUCAAAAUGACAGAGACUUACUGGCUUAUGUAUACAUCCCAAUAAUUCAAAAGGAACUAGAUAUUUUUCGUGAGUGUGUUUGGAAUAACCACAGAACACGUAAACAGAGAGGAAAAGAACUGCCAGCAGGAAUUCCAGAACACAUAUUCCAUUUUCCAGAGAAGUAUGGUGGUGAACAAUGUGGAAUUGAUAUUACAGAAGAACAACUGCUUGAGGUUUCUGAGUUAUCAAAUGUUUUGGAAGACAAUGAUGAUUAUUUAAGACCAGCUGUUCGUGAAGAGCGUAAGAAGCAUUUGCCCCAAAUACAUGAAAUUAAUCCCAAUGAUGCUAAGGAAGCUUAUUUAUACUUGAAGAGUCAUGUUGAUGUGAAUAUUUUUUAAGACACAAUAGAAACUCGCUUUAUUAAAAUCGUAUUUUGAAAACUGAA